AUGGCCUCAACUCGCGCUCUCUGCCGUCUGGCUACGUCGCGGACAGCUGCCGUCCGCCCAGCCGUCUUCGCACGCGCAUUUGCCUCUGUCACUGACACCAAGGCCCGCGAUCCCAUCUCAAAGGUCGGCGAGGCGAUUGUCCCAGAUGCCGCGCGAGCACCCAUCCCAGAGAGCAAGACGUCGACCGUCAAGGAGGCUGCGCCGAGCAAGGAUGCGAAGAUGAAGAAGUUCCACAUCUACCGCUGGAACCCCGACGAGCCCACAUCGAAGCCCAAGAUGCAGUCGUAUGAGCUCGACCUGAACAAGACCGGACCCAUGAUGCUGGAUGCCCUCAUCCGCAUCAAGAACGAGAUCGACCCGACCUUGACCUUCCGACGAAGUUGCCGUGAGGGCAUUUGCGGUAGCUGUGCGAUGAACAUUGACGGUGUCAACACGCUGGCCUGUCUGUGCCGCAUUCCCACUGAGCCCGCCAAGGAAUCGCGCAUCUACCCGCUCCCGCACAUGUACGUCGUCAAGGACUUGGUGCCUGACAUGACGCUCUUCUACAAGCAAUACCGCUCUGUGAAGCCCUACCUUCAGCGCACUACCCCGUCACCAGACGGCCGUGAAUACCGCCAAACCAAGGAAGACCGCAAGAAGCUGGACGGUCUCUACGAAUGCAUUCUCUGCGCCUGCUGCUCGACCUCGUGCCCGUCAUACUGGUGGAACCAGGAAGAGUACCUCGGACCCGCCGUGCUGCUGCAGAGCUACCGCUGGAUCGCCGACUCCCGAGACGAAAAGAAGGCCGAGCGCCAGGAUGCGCUUAACAACAGCAUGAGCUUGUACCGAUGCCACACCAUUCUCAACUGCUCACGGACGUGCCCCAAGGGGUUGAACCCGGCAUUGGCAAUUGCGGAGAUCAAGAAGAGCAUGGCUUUCACGUAA